AUGUCUCGUACUCCCUCGACGACCACGCCGAUCUGGCACCAGUUCGAGCGCAAGGUCGACGAGGUCAAACCAUCCAAAACUGACAUCAACUACUUGGUAAUGGACUACCUGAUCACGAACGGCUACCCAGCUGCAGCGAAGAAAUUCGCAGCCGAGGCCAAUAUCCAGCUUAGCACAGAUCUGGAAUCCAUCCAGGAAAGGGUUGAGAUCCGGACGGCCAUCCACUCGGGUAACAUCCAGGCGGCGAUUGAGAAGAUCAACGAGCUGAAUCCUCAGAUCCUCGAUGAAAACCCAUCGCUGCACUUCUCAUUGCUGCGCCUGCAGCUGGUAGAGCUGAUCCGGUCCUGCACGUCCACCCCGGAUGGCGAUAUCAGUCCCGCACUGGAGUUUGCAACAUCCCAGCUCGCCCCACGAGCACCAACGAACCCCCAGUUCCUGGAAGAUCUGGAGCGGACGCUCGCACUACUCAUUUUUCCAAGCGACAACCUGGCCCCGUCGCUCGCCGCUCUUCUAGACCCGGGCCUGCGCAAGGACAUCGCGACUCGCGUCAACGAAGCCAUCCUGCAGAGUCAGGGCGUUAAUAAAGAGGCCCGUCUCCGGAACCUCGUGAAGCUGCGCGCGUUCGCCGAGAACAAGGCCCGCGAUGCGAAGAAAGAUAUCCCCGAAAAGCUGGAUCUCGGUUUGGUCGGCGAUGCCCAGGAUGGCUCGUCUGGCAACCAAAACAGCAGCAGUAACAGUAACAGUAAUGAGAAUGGCACCAGCCAGAAUGGAGCCAGCGACACGGUGAUGACCAACAACGGCGAUAUCGACCCGAUGAUCUCAUGA